UCCGCUAUGGCUACAGUAACAAAUACCAAAUAAGAAUACUCCGAGCCAAUCCUGAAUGGAUGAAUGUGAAAAAAAGGAAAUGUAACCUAUGGCAAAGCUUGAGUGUAACUUUCGUUACCAAUCAGUUUGUGGAAAGGGCGGGAUUUGUGUAGACGUAGCGCGGGGUUCGUCUGCAGUUAGCUAGUGAAGGGUGAGAGGUGGCUAGUGUAUGAGGUUCUCUGGCCUUGUCGGACAAGGUAAAGGUUGAAUUAUUGCAGCGCUUCGUUCAAAUUAACAAGCUAACUUGGCGUUUCUGUUGGAACUUCACACCGGAUUGGUGUCAAGAUGCUGAAAGGUAAAGCAGUGUGGCAAAAGUUGGCUCCGCUGGCCAGAGACUCGUCAACUUUAUGUCGGCAAAACAUGAAGAGAACAGUUUUGAAAUGCAAGACAACCGUAGUUCCAAGAGCCCAGAUGUCAUCAAAGAUUCCUGGUGGAGAGAACACUGUAUAUUAUAUACUUGUGGGAGGAACAUUUCUUGCUGGAGGAUUCUAUGCAUACAGAACCGUUACUGGAGAUAAGAGACGGUAUGACGAAAGAAUUACAGAAUUAUCAGACCGGUCAAGUAAGCUGUCCCUCAAUCAGCAAAUGACGUAUAUACAGACUGAACCUAAAGAAGAAGCUGACACUUCAGGAGAGCCUGUGGUGGCUGAGAGCGAAGCUCCUGUUUUAGGAGGGGAAGCUCAGGAGCAGACUGCAGAGGGCACAGCAGCCGCAGAAGAGGAGGGUGCAGCACCCCCCGGCCAGGAGGAGCCCACGGCCCCUAGUGAAACGGUCGAAUUGACCGAAGCUCAAGAAGCCGUGGUUGUCACUGAAACAGCUGCCGAAAAAGCGCCUGAGGAGGCUGCUGGCCCUGCAGUUGAGAUUGAACCAGUACUAUUGGACCAACCCAUCUCGGAGGAUUCCCCGGCACCCCUUCCCUCGCCGGUGGUGGAGAGUGAGCCUGCUCCAGAAGCCCCACCCCAAGCAGCAGAACCAGCCGAACUUCCCUCUCUGCCUGACGUGACGAGUGAACCAGAACCAGAACCAGUACCACUACCAGUGUUGGAAACGACAGCAGAACCUACAGAGCAGCUAUCCACGCCUGUGGUAGAGAGUGAAUCUUCCCCGGCAAUCGAGCCCAUCUCUGAAGAACCCCCAGUGGAGCAUUCCAAGCCAGCCCCUGAUAGUGAACCCGCACCAGAACCCGCCGCUGUGGAACAUGCAGCACCCGCCACAUCCUCAGUACAGAGUGAGCCUGCCCUCGUAGCAGAGAGUGUUCCAGCGGAAUCGGCAGAGCAGCCUCCAGCACCUGUGACCGAGAGUGCUCCAGCUGCGGAACCUGUGGAGGCAGAGACUCUGGUGGCAGAACCACCGGCAGCGGGACCUGUGGCUGUAGAACCUCCGGAGGUGGAACCUGUGCCAGCGGAACCUCUGACGGCAGAACCUGUGGCAGCAGAACCUCCAGCAGCGGAACUUCCAGCAGCAGAAUCACCGGCCCCUGAAGCAGUCACCGUCCUCCCUGAAAUCCCUGCACAUGCUCCUUACCUGCUGAUUGGGGGUGGGACGGCCUCCUUUGCUGCUGCCAGGUCCAUUCGGGCCCGAGAUCCCGGAGCAAGGGUGCUGAUCGUAACAGAAGAGCCAGACCUGCCGUACAUGCGACCUCCACUCUCCAAGGAGCUCUGGUUCUCCGAUGACCCCACAGUCACGGAAACCCUUCGAUUCAAGCAGUGGAACGGCAAAGAGAGAAGUAUCUAUUUCCAGCCUCCGUCAUUCUACGUCAGUCCUCAGGACUUGCCAAAGGUAGAAAAUGGUGGAGUGGCCGUUCUGACCAGCAAAAAGGUGGUGCACAUGGAUGUGAGAGGAAACAAAGUGCGUCUGGACGACGACACUGAAAUCUCCUACGACAAGUGCCUGAUCGCCACAGGUGGAAUCCCGCGGAACAUGCAGGUCAUUGAGAGGGCAGGAGAGGAAGUGAGGAAGAGGCUUACUCUCUUCCGGAGGAUAGGUGACUUCAAAUCCUUGGAGAAGAUUUCCAGGGACGUCAAGUCGAUCACCAUCAUUGGAGGUGGAUUCCUUGGAAGUGAACUGGCUUGUGCUCUGGGCAGGAAAUCAAAUGAAUCUGGCUUGGAGGUAAUCCAGAUGUUCCCAGAGAAGGGUAACAUGGGCAAAGUGCUUCCGGAAUAUCUGAGCAACUGGACAACGGCGAAAGUGAGGAGAGAGGGUGUGAAUGUUAUUUCGGAGGCGCUUGUGAAGAACGUCAGCUUCAAGGAUGGCAGGGUAGAAAUCAAGCUGAAGGAUGGGCGCAUGGUGACGACUGAUCACAUUGUAGCUGCUGUUGGGCUGGAACCCAGUGUGGAGCUAGCAAAGUCGGCUGGUCUGGAGGUGGACGCAGACUUUGGAGGAUAUAGAGUCAAUGCUGAACUUCAAGCUCGCUCAAAUAUCUGGGUGGCCGGUGACGCAGCCUGCUUCUAUGACAUCAGACUGGGCCGCCGGCGCGUGGAGCACCAUGACCAUGCGGUGGUUAGCGGCAGGCUUGCCGGCGAGAAUAUGACCGGGGCUAACAAGCCCUACUGGCAUCAGUCCAUGUUUUGGAGUGAUCUUGGCCCUGAUGUGGGCUACGAGGCCAUCGGGAUUGUCGACAGCAGCCUCCCCACAGUUGGUGUAUUUGCCAAAGCCACUGCUAAAGAUACCCCCAAAGCUGCAACAGAGAUGUCAGGAACUGGAAUUCGUUCUGAGAGCGAAACUGAAGCUGUCGCCAGCGGAGAGAUGCCUAUAAACCCAACUGUCCCACAGGCUCCUCUGCAGGGAGAUGACUAUGGAAAGGGAGUAAUCUUCUACUUGCGGGACAAAGUGGUGGUGGGAAUAAUCCUGUGGAAUGUCUUCAACAGAAUGCCCAUCGCCAGGAAGAUCAUAAAAGAUGGAGAAGAGCAUGGCGAUCUGAACGAAGUCGCCAAGCUGUUCAACAUUCAUGAAGACUGAGUGGGCGGGUGACCUUUCAUCUUCACUGCAUUAAUGAAAGCUUUGAACUUUUACAGUCACAGGCAUGGUUCAGUUGGUCGUAACAUGCCGGUUUGGCACAUGCAAGAGAAGGGAGAUUGUUUGGGCAUAACUUGUGUUUUAUGUACAUUUCUCUUCGCAACAUCUCGAGCCAGUCCAUAUUUGUAAUUUGUAUUGGAUGAAUCAAGAGUCCUCAUGGAUGUUCUAUUAAAAUCAACAAGUAUUUGGAAAGCAUCUGAAACAAACUGAUUUACCCCUCUCUCUUGUCCAGUUUCAAAUAAAUGUACGUAUUGAAAUGAAGAAGCAAAAGAAGAAAAGUCCCACAACCCGCCCCCCUUUUUUUUUUUCCUUUUUGAAGUUAUACACCGAAUGCACUUACUUCAGGAUGUUUUUCCAUACACAGGUGUACUUAAUUAUUGUAAGAAAUUUCAAAUAAAGAUUAAUUUUAACUUAAA